AUGGACUGCUGCCUCGUUAACAACGGAGCGGCGAAGACCUUCAACUCGGGCUCUUCAACAUCAAGUCCUGCCACGCCUACCCGAGGCAUUGGCAGGUUCGGCACGCCUCGAACGGUCUUCUCGCCUACAGCAUCAUACUCUCCUGUGAAGCCUACCAUUGACAAGGUAGCUGAUUUCCAACUUCCUGCUGCUGCUCUCAACGGCGACAGUGAGACGUGCUGCAGCAGCGUGCUUCUGAAGAGCGUGAGGCCGCUGCUGGAGAAUUUGGCGAAGCACAUGCAUGCGUCGCCCUUCCAAGGCCUCGCUGACGGCCAGCACAAGCCCAACAAGUCGUACGUAGCUGACGCACCUGAUGUGAAGCGGCCUGGAAUCGGCCGCUUCGGAGGCAAGCCUGCUGCUGCCGUGCUUGCUCCUGUGAUCGUCACUGCCCCCCUCUCACCAUCUGCUGCUGCUGUAGUCACACCAUCUGCUGUGGUUGCGCCUGUGGUGGUGCCUGAGGUAGCGCCUGUGGCUGCAGUGGCUUCAACCACACCGCAGGUGGCUGAAGCGAGUGUGACAACAAAAACAAUAUCCGAGAAGGCGUUUGCAGGUGCUGCUGAUCCGAGUGAGAAAGGGAGGUGGUCGAAGCUGCGUCAGGAGGUUCGAGCAAUGGAUAUUGCAAUGACACGUGCUGCUUACCUGAGAUGGGACAAGCUGAGCAAGGAGCCAUCAUGGGCCAUGGAGAUUGAAACGGCCAUUGAAGCCGCCCUGCGUACCUGCUUCGUGCCCAAGCAUCCUGAUGCUGUGGCGAAGCUGACUCGCAAAACCGUGCCUCCUGCAUCUGCAGCAGCAGCGGCUGUAGCAGUGCGGGGCCAUGCUGCAGCAGCAGCAGGGCGCACAGAAGGAGCUCCUGAAUGA